AUGGACUCGACUGGUCCCAUUGAUCCUAUGGAGUACACAAUGGGAACAAGACGACAGACUGCGCUUACUGAUAUAUCUAACCAAAUUAUCACAGGUCCGUCCGAUGAACAUGAGCGUCAUAGGGAGGAGAGGAAUAGAAAACAACGAGAAUACCGUGCAAGAAGAAAGGCUGAAGAAACCAACGAAGAAAGGGAGGCGAGAAAUAAAAGAAUGCGUGAUUAUCGAGCGAUGAAGAAGGCUGACACAGUACUAUACUCGCCUAGACAGACACAAGCUUAUGCUACUGGAUCUUCGAUCGUAAUACAAACCAACACACAGAUGGCAGAGCCGGUAACGCCUGUUGUUGCGAGGGGCUCUUUGCACCAACUGCCAACAUCAGUGGAACCAUUUUCAACCAACUCACAGGUGACAGAGCCGGUAACGCCUGUUGUAGCGAGGGGCUCUUUGCACCAACUGUCAAUAUCAGUGGAACCAUUUUCAACCAUUUCUCAACCUUCAACCUAUAAUCAAUCUGGUAGGUAUUCGUUGUUAUAA